AUGGAGGUUCCUGCUGUUGAGGACUCUAUGGAGAUGGCCUCUCCCUACCAGGCCAAUAAUGAUGACUUUGAUAUCGAUCUGGAUCUUAUGGAGGACCAAGUCUCCAACAUGGAUAGCGACAUGAUGGGCGCAGAUGACUAUCCUACAUCUCAGCCCUCUCUUUUCAAUAACGAUGCAAUCAACGAUGCCGACAUGGUCGACGAGCCCUCCGAAGGAUCUAUGGUCGAUGCCGACGACAUUGUUGACGAGGAUCAUGAUAUUGAAGUCCAGGACGAAGAAGUGACAUACGAGGCUGAAAUGCAAGAGGGGGACCAGCCCGUAGCGGGGGAUGCACCAGUCUUGCCUACCAUCCAAAUUGACGACCCGGCGAAUAUGGAGGACCAGACGAAUCCCCCCAUCCAAAAUGUCCUGGAACCGGUCCCGCAACAAGUGACCCAGGAAGGCUUUGGUGGCCAUGCUGAAAUAUCCCCUCUCGAAAAUAAACCCCAAGAUCCUGUUCAGGGUUCGCAGUCGACCGCAUCUGAACAAGCCCAGUCCGAGAAACCCCAGAAGCAAAAUGCCGAACUCGAUGCCGAUCACAAGGUCGAGUUGCUUGAAGAAACUAAUGAAGACACGGAAAGUAAAGCUCCGACCGCCGAGGAAACUAUUUCGCAGGCUGAGCCUCCCGCGGAGACUCUUGAGGCUCCACCAGCGCAAGCUCCAUCUACGGAAGCAAAUCGCGAAACUGUUGGACAUUCUGAGACUGAAAACUUGCUUGAGAAUGAGCAUCAGAGUGCCCACGAUCACGACGACGAGUCCCUGCAUCCGGUGAAGGUUCUCUAUCAAGGAAAUGAGAUUUCUCUCUUCCCGCCUCUUGAAGGCGACUCAGCAGAAACAUUCUUCCUUCAUGACGAAGACGUUGCCUACGACAAUGUCGGUAGAUUGUUCAGCUCUCUUCGUGAGAUCCUAUUGGAUAAUGUUGCCGAGCAUGAGGUACUUGUUAUUGAUAUCGACUCUCUUGGUAUUCAAAUAGCAGAGGACUCCUCGCACACAUCCAAUAUGACCUUGCACCAGAUUCUGAACGUCUACCUUCGACUGUGUCAUAAUGACGGUACUGAUGAGCCGGACGCCCUGUACCUCUCCUUGACAUCUAAGCCGACUUGUCAAUCGGAGUUGGCCGCCCUUGUUGCUGCUGCUGAUGGUGGCAAGGGCCUGUCGCAAAUCCAUGAGUGGUAUGGUUAUGACGAGGCUGAAGAGGGCGGUCAUGCUGAAGAUAAAACUGUAAAUGCCGAGGAGACUGACCAGCCUCAUGAUACUAUGAAGGCCGAUAAAAGUGGACAGGAAACGGCCCAUGAACUAGAUGAAGCUACUCAAGACAACGGGCCCUUUGGCUCUGAAUCUCACCAUGAGGUGCACGAAGCAAAUGGCUCGGAGGAAAAGCAUGCUGAAGCCGGUCAUGAAUCGGCUGCUGCUGAUCAGAAGGCCGAGGCAGAGACCGAUGGUCCUGAAGAAGCCCAAGAUGGAAAGGAAGAAGUCUUUGCGGAAGAGGCCCCUGGUGGCCAAGAUGAGAAUGAGGAAGAGCGGCAUUAUGAUUCAGAAGCUCAACAUACCGAUUCAUCUGCGACCGUCGCCUCGAUUUCCCAUCGAAACGAGCCUACUGAAAUUGGUGCUCCGGCUGACGUUGAAUCAAAUAAUUUGGAUCAACAAGUCGAGGAAAGCGCCGAUGCCAAUAGUUUUGAGCAUGCAGAUGCUUCUCAGCAAGCUGAAACCUAUGAUGUCGAGAAUCCCGAGGAUUUCCAGGAUACACAUGGCGAUGACCACGCCACCGAAGAAACCGAGGACCAUGCCGGAACGAAACCCAAUGACCCAGAUGCCGUCCAUGAAGACGAGGAAUAUCCGGCUGGUGCUGGUGAUGUUGAUGAUGGCUCUUACGAGCAAUCUGAAUCCACUCUGGAACCUGUACCAAGGGAGGACGCCGCCAACCACGAGCAGACACCUGAGCCCGAGGACGAUUUACUUGGUAUCGCCGAAGAGGUGAUGCAGAGUCCUGCCAAAAAUCGCCAGAGCGGCCAACUUGAGCCAACCGAAAGCUUUGAGCAAGAGCAUUCCGAGGACGACCUUGCCACCCCUACCCCUCCCGUCCAUGAUGGCGCCGAAGACGACGACACCGGCAACCAACAGUCCGGUAACGGUGACGGCGAUGAUGAUGACUUUGACGACUACUAUCCUCCACCUGACUUGGAGGUCACGGAGGUUACGGAGGCCAUUGAGCUGGGUGAAGAAGAUCCUUCCCUUACUGACUCCCACACCCUUGACAAUGUGUCAACCAAACGGUCCCGUGAGGAGGAAGAUGAUUGGGACAUUGCCGAGGCCACGACCCCCGAACUUAAGCGUCGCCGCUCGUAA